AUGCCGGACGAGGGCAGCAGUGAGCUCCAAGAUGAAGGCACCAAUCAACAACAGGCAACAGAGGCCCAACGUCCGCAACCACCACCCGCCCUGAGCAAUACCACGCCUGGCUUCGUCCUGCCCGGCGAUGUGCUCCCUCUCCCCAGGGCCUUGCAGACCACAUCUCCCUUCGAGGCCCCUCGUCCAAUAGCCGGUGUCCUGUCUCCACACCCGGCCAUUGCUGCUGCUGCCCCGGCGGAGACGCCCUCCCCCACGGCUGGCCCGGGCUUCCCAACCGACGAGCUGUGCUCGAGGCCGCUGAUCAACAUCCUCAUGGCCGACUACCUCGACCUGGUCUACCCCCUCGUGCCCGUCGUCCACAGGCCAAACUUCCGCCACGACCUCGCCAGCAACCGCGACGUCACCGACCCGGACUUCUUCGCCCUCCUCGUCAGCCUCUGCGCCCUCACCGUCGGCCUGCUGCCGUCGCGGUUCAGCGGCUACCGCGCCGCCGACCCGGGGCCGGAGGUGGCCGGCGUGCACCACUUCGAGUCGAGGACGGCGCUGAUAAACUGCUGCGCCGAGAUGUGCACCCGCCACAGGACCGCGAGCUACUGGGACCACGUCAACCACCGCAAGUGGGCCGUCAGCUACGUCUUCUCCGUCGCGUGCUUCCAGACGGGGCAGGUCAACCGCAGCCGCAUGUUUGAUGUCGAGUACCUGCAGCUUUCGCGUCUUUUGGGGCUGCAUCGCAUCUCUGGGUAUGAGGGUCUCAAUUGUAUUGAGACUCAGUUGAGGAAAAAGGCCUUCUGGUUGAUGUUCUAUGGUUAUGCUCACACAAGAGUCCAAAGCGGACGUUGGGAGCGACUUACAUACUUCGGCCCAGGCGAACUCCGCGAGGUCAACUUCGACGCUCUCGUCCCCCUCGAGCUUGACGACGAAUGCAUCUUGAAAGACAGAAUCCUAGACCCUGCCCCGCCGUCUACACCACACGGCACGCCUCCUGUUAAUACAAACCAGCCGGAGCCACGCCCAGCCCCACCGCCGCUCACCCUCGCGAGCGCCUUCAUAAUACACUCGCGCGUGUUCCUCAAGGGCCUCCGCGAGAGCAUGGCCGCCGUCGGGUGCGAGUGCGAGCUCCGCCGCAGCCCGGCCGCCCGCCUCGCGCGCAUGCGCGACCUCCUCCAGGAGAUGCGGUACAUGCUCGACGACGCGCCCGGCCCCGUGCGGCAGUGGGCCUCGCCGGAGCGGCACGGCGGCGGCGGCGGCGACGACGACAAUGUCCCCGCCACCACCCCGCGGUACGACAACAACGACGACCGCAGCGUUGUGUCGAGCUACGGCAGCCCCGUGGCUGAGAGAGGUCGCGCCGCUGGUGCGGGGGGCGCCUCGUACUCCAAGGUUGUGCAGGGCCAGCACGAGAUCAUGCGCGCGAACAUCCAUGUCACCCACCUCUGGCUGCAGAGCCUGCUGCUGGAGCAGGUCGACGUGAUCGUGCAGGAGGGCGUGAUUGGCAGUUCAAGUGCUGCGGCUGGGGCUGAGGAGGUCUCGGCGUCCUUGAAGGCGAACUGGGCCGAGCGCGAGGACAUCUGCCGCCAGAUGCUGCACCUCCUUCACAGCAUCCCGUACGUUUAUUUAGAACCCAACGGCUUAUACUUGGCAUACAAGGUCCGCGACGUGGCCGUGACGCUGCUCAACUGCCCCUUCGGGGCCCACACGCGCCCCGCCCGCCGCGCGGUCGAGUACAUGCGCGACUUCACGCGCGCCCUGUCCCGCCUCGACCGCAGCGAGACCGUCAACACGAACAGCCUGCGGAGCUGGGUCGACGCGGACCGCGAGCCGGCCGCCUCGCCCGCGUGCCCGCAGCUCGCCCCCCCCGUCCCCGCGGGCGCACGCGGGUGUCGUUGA